AUGGGAGACACGACACCGCUUUCAAAUAACCGAGACGGCGAUACGCAUACCGACGGCAUCAACGGGGCACGACGCAUUCCAAGAAGACUCUACUCUCUCAAUCAACCACCUUCACUCGAACAUUUCAAACAACUCUGUGUCCAAAACACCGAUGCGACUCUCUAUCCGCACGCAAAAUCCGUAAUAUCAAACGUCCCAAUCUAUGACAUUACUUCUUUACCAACCCACGCAGAGAUUGAUGAGAUCCAAGACGAAUGGCACCAUAUUCUCCUUUCAGGUCCCGGAGUUUUUGUCAUCCGCAACUUCGUCCGCGAUGCCGCAUUACUACAGCGCAUCAACGCAGCUUUCACAGAAAUCAUCGACUUCGAAUCUCGGUCCUCUUCAAAGGGAGACCAUUUUGCCGCUUCUGGUAACAAUGCACGUAUCUGGAACUCUUUCCAAAAGCACGCCGAACACCACCCACCCAGCUUUGUACGCUACUACUCGAACCCUUGGCUACGUCGAGUCUGUGAAAGUUGGCUGGGACCAUCCUACCAAGUCACGGCGCAGGUCAACCUGGUCAGACCGGGCGGGAAACCUCAAGUCAGCCACCGAGAUUACCAUCUGGGGUUUCAAACGGCCGAGUCGUGCUCUCGAUACCCAAAAGUCACUCAGGUGGCGAGUCAGUACCUCACGUUGCAAGGGGCCGUGGCGCACUCGGACAUGCCUCUCGAGAGUGGGCCGACGCGGUUUCUGCCAUUUUCCCAGCAAUUCGACCAAGGUUUCAUGGCGUACCGCCUCGGAGAGUUCAUCGACUACUUUGACCAAAACUGGGUCAGUGUGGAUUUGAAGAUGGGCGACGCCGUUUUUUUCAACCCGGCGCUGUUCCAUGCCGCAGGAGAGAACCGCACAACAAAUGUCGAGAGAAGCGCCAACCUCUUACAGAUCAGCAGCGCGUUCGGGAGGACCAUGGAGAGCAUCGACACGGCCACCAUCAUCGACAAAUGCUGGGAUGAUGUGCAGAAAUUGUGUGAGCAAGGCAGCACCACGCAAGAUGAGAUAGAUUCCCUCUUGGCCGCCAUCGGUGAGGGAUACCCUUUUCCGACCAAUCUCGACCGCCGUCCACCGGCACCCGGAGGGAUGGCACCCGAAAGUGAGGUGGACAUUCUUCAUCGGGCAUUGAACCAAGGGUGGAACAAGGAAGAGGUAUCAUCAGCCAUCACGACCCUGGAGAAUGCUACAAGCCUGUAG